GAAAAGGUUGACAAAAAUAAAAAUAAAAAUAAAAAUAAGAAAGUUGUGAAAGAUAAUAUUGUUAAUAAAAUGGCAGAACGAAAAGCAGUUAACAAGUAUUAUCCUCCUGAUUGGGAUCCAACCAAGGGUUCUGUCAACAAACAUGUUGGCCAACAUCCUCUCCGUGAAAGAGCAAAAAAACUUUCUCAAGGAAUUUUGGUUAUCAGAUUUGAAAUGCCAUACAAUAUUUGGUGUGGUGGAUGUGGAAAUCAUAUUGGAAUGGGUGUCCGGUACAAUGCAGAAAAAAAGAAAGUUGGAAAUUAUUAUACAACUCCAAUCUACAGAUUUAGGAUGAAAUGUCAUCUCUGUGAUAACUACAUUGAAAUGGAAACUGAUCCUAAGAACUGUGAGUACACAAUUGUGACCGGAGCAAGAAGAAAAGAAGAGCGCUGGGACCCAGUUGCUGCAGAGAACGUUAUAGCCACAGAUCAUGCUGAGAAACAAAAAUUGAUUGAUGAUGCAAUGUUCAAACUGGAACAUGGUGAAAAAGAUAAAAGGAAAUCAAAAGCUGCGAUUCCAGGACUGGUUCAAAUCAAGGAUAUGCAGACACAAUGGAAAGAUGACUUUGGACUAAAUCAAAUGCUUAGAAAGAAAUUUCGACAGGAGAAGAAAGUGAUUUUACAAAAAGAAGAGAAAGAUCAGGAAAUCAAAGAUAAAGGAGGAUUGGAUCUUGAUUUGGUUAAUGAAGUCCCCGAAGAUAUCAAACUUGCAAAGAAAAUAAGAUUUCACACAGGAAGUUACGAGGAAGACAAACGAAAAAGACGACUUCAAAUAAAAAGCAGACCGAUAUUUUCGGAAACGUCUGAAAAAACAAUUAAUCGUUUUCAUUUGCUCGAGAAAAGACAGAAAAUGAUGUUACCUGGUGCGCGAACUACAAUUUUUACGAGAAAUAGUGAAGAUUUUGGUAUAAGAAGGAAAUCGAACGAAAAAAAGGAAUGCUCGAAGACUGAGACGCUGCAAGAUUUGGACAGGACAACUUGUGCAAGUUUAGACGUUGAUUAUGAAUCAAAAAUAAACCUUGAAAAUACAACAAACCCAGGCGAGUGUAGAAAUAAAGAAUCUUCAGGUCUCCAAACGAACCAUCAGAUUCCAGAAGGUUCAAUUUUAGACAGAGCGUCCAUACCAAGACUUAGCAAAGACGAAAAGCCCAUGAAAUGUGGUACGAUGCUAACUGCAUCUCCAGAUGUUGGGUCAGAAGAUGGUUGCCACUCAAAAAUUACUAGUUCAAAAAUUUCAUUAGUGUCAGAUGUAUAUAGUGAUACUGAUAGUGACGGCUCUAAAUGAUAUUUAUGAAUCGGUGCAGUUGACGUUCGUUUGCUAAUAUGCUGAUUUACCUAAUAUGGAUAAUUUGGAAGAUAUAACAUGUCUAUACAAGGAGUAUAGAUGCCGUAGCUUAUCCCGGCUCUCGUUCACAUCUAUCAAAGAAGAAAAUCACAGUAAAAAUCGCUCAUUUAAACGUUCCUUAAUGAGGGAAACAGAAAUCGCCUACGGGAGGAUACAAAAACGCUUCUUUCAAGCUGCUGUGUCAAAAAUAAUGGUCACGGAAAGCCUCGUAAGGGUUCACCUUACUGGCACUGAUCUAUAUACUAGAUAGGGAAUUCGCCCCAACUAAUCUCUAUAAUAAACACCGUUCACUUGCUGAAUAUUUGCAAAAAAAUUAGGCAUAUCUAGAAAACCUUGCGAAGUUGCAUCUAUAGUCUAUACCCUAU